ACCAGACUGUCCCAUUUCAGAGACCGCCUGGUUCAGCAGAUGCAGUCAUUGGACGACCCAGUCCAUGUCCACUGUGAAGGCUGGGCCGAACAAGGAUGCAGCCCACCAAAUGAGAUGCGGAGUGAACAUUUUUACCACCCCUACCAGGACUUUUUCGGAGGGGCGGCACUGCUUCUAUGUUGACUCAACAGAAAAGAUAAGUUAAUUGAUUCAUUUUGUGUUUAAUUUAUUCUGGCCUGAUAAUUGUCGGACUCAGCUUAAACCAGACAGAGCAGCUGUUGUAAUUGAUUAUAAAGGUGGGGGGCAUCCUGUUCAAUAAAAGUGACAGGAAUCUUCAAAAGGGGCUUAAAAGAACAAGUGUGUAAGAAAAGAUCAGACCACAUACACUGCUGUAUCCAAUAAAGCAUCAUUAUUAUUUUUAUUUUUUAUUUUGAAGAUUUUAUUUUAAGGGACGAAAUUAGUGAACUACAAACGAACUACAAUACCCUUUUGAGAUGGAAAACAUAAAGGAGGGCAAAUCAAAUGUCUAUGUGUAUGUGUAACCGUGGGGUUAAAUUUGUUUACGGGCAAAAAUAAGUGACCGAGAUAAUGAACAAAGAGAUAAUGAACAAAGACGCAAGUAAAAAUAAUAAAAUCCAGGGUUUAAAUACACGUAUACUGCUGUUUACUGGUCGGGAUGGGGAACAUGUUUACUCUGCCUCUCCUUAUACCGCCUAUGCUCUGUUCACUAAAUCAAGGAUGAUUUAAUUGUAUUAAAACUUGUCUUACAAUGUUACUCUGGUACAUGCUUGAGUUGCAUUUCGUUUUAUCGUUUAAACGGUAAGAGGAUCCAUGAAAAGGACCGAACACGGACCCCCAGGAAUUAUCCCAACCAUCUUUCCAUGACCUCGUGACAUUUUCCAUAGAGGUCAAGGAAAGUGUUUAGGUUUAGAAGUCAGGAGGGCUGUUUGAAUCCAGCCCGUCAAAAGGUGCACGGACCGUAACACUUUUGUUGCGGAACUGUUGUUUUCACUUCCUAGUUUCCGGUCGGAGCAAUACACCAGUAACACGAAAUGGCGACGUCCUUGCUGCGUUUAGGGCGACUGGAUUCCGUCAAGUGUCUCCAGCUGGAGAGCUGGGGCGUUCUGAGGAAUCGCUCGGCUGCUUGGCUCUGCACUCAGGCUAAAGAACCUGCGGAGCCAGCAAAAAAGGCAAAGGCUGUAAGAAAGGCAGCAGCAGUUCCAGAAGAGAGGUCAAUCUUGCUAGCCUAUAAGACAACAGUUACCUUCCCAGCUCGACUUUCUGAGUCAGGAGUUUUCCCAACACACACUCUAGGCGUAACUGAACCAGUGGCCACAGCGGGCACAAUUAUAGCUGCAGUCACUGCUACCAGUGAACCAGUUGGAGCUGAGCUAAAGGUAGCAGAGGCUCCAGCUGCUAAACCAGAUGUUGCUCAGGUUAUUACCAACACCGCUCCACCUGUAGGUGACGUAGCUCCCCCAGCUACUAAGUGUCUGGUAGAUACAAGCAGUAAAACCUCUGCAUCAGUCUCAGCUGCUGCAGCCUCCUCCGAACCAGGCAAACCAGAAGCUGAUGGCUCAUCCUCCAGCGACUCUGAUUCUGACUCUGACUCUGACUCUGAUUCAGACUCUGACUCUGAGGAAGAGAAGACAGAAGUGAAGACUAAAACAAAGACCUCCCCACCACCGGUAUCAGAAUCCAUUGUGAAAGAAGAAGCAGAAGUCCAAGAGAACACUUCAGAGGUGAAGGAAGACACUAAUGAAGCUAAGGUGGUUCGACCAGGACCUAAAUCUGGUCUCUCUUGUGCUGCGGAGGAUGCACAGGAGGUCUUUCCAGCAGCAGCAGAAGCAGCUCAAGCUACUGUCAAAGUGCCCAGUGUUUGCUUUGAGGAGUUAGUGGACCCUGUUCCUGAGAUCUGGACAGCUACGAAAGACACUGGCCUCGAAGCUGCAGUGGAAUCUGCUUCAAAAGUUAAGGAAGACCAUGCAUCUUCGGCCAACACCGAAUACCAGGUAAAAUAUCCAACUAACAAUGUUAUUGAGCCUGCAUCAUCAGAAAAGACCCAGAAAGACACUCUGGAUGAGAGUGCCUCUGCUGAAACCCUCAGAGAAGCUGCCUCUUUUGAAGCUUGUGCUGAAACUGCUGCAGAGCCUGCUGGAGUGGCCAGUGAGGCUGCAGCUACUGUGUCUACCCCAGUGGAGAGCACAGAGGAGCUGGAGGAUCCUGCUCCAUUGAUGGUUGAGGCUGUGGCUGAAGUCUCUGCUCCUGUGGGGAGGUCAGAGGAGCUGGUGGACCCUGCUCCAUUGAUGGCUGAGGCUGCGGCUGAAGUUUCUGCUCCUGUGGGGAGGUCAGAGGAGCUGGUGGACCCUGCUCCAGUGAUCGCUGAGGCUGCAGGAGAGGAGCUACAGGCGGACGGCCCAGUUGAACCGUCUGAGGAGGCUGUAGCAGUGGCACCUCCGGAGCCCGAUGAGGCCUUUGACAACAGCACUUAUAAAAACUACCAGCACCACAACUACAACCCCUACACAUUUUCAGACCUGGAUGUCCAGAUGGCCAAGUUUCGUCUCCCACAGCCCUCCUCCGUCAGACACUAGCGGAGUUGGCCUUGUUGCUUAGAGAUAACGGUCAUGUGGUUUCAUCCCUUUUUACGAUGACCAUUCCCUCACCUGCAUGCAAUUCUGCUGACAAAAUCUGUAAUAUUAUUAAACCACAAAAAUGGGAAA